AUGUCAUCAUUGAUUCAACUGUACUCUUGGGGCUCAGGAUCAUCGGGUCAACUGGCACUGGGCAACAGUCUCGAUGUGAGUAGUCCAUCGCAGUGUCUUAAUGUUGACUCAGGUGAUAGCGAAUCGCAAACAACACAAGAGGCACAAACACAAACACAACCAUUGAUAAGGAGAUUGGCCGGAGGAGGCUACCACACUCUGUUGUUGACAACGUCGGGUCAGUUGUAUGCUGCCGGUGGGAAUGACUGUGGACAGCUAGGUGUGGGAGAUCAAUCAAAUGGGCAGUCAACAUCCAACAUUGAACGUCUUACUCCUCUCAACAACACCUAUUCAAAGACUGGGCACAUUGUUGAAAUUGCAGCAGGUUGGAAUCACUCACUUGCAUUGGACUCUAAUGGUAGUGUAUAUAGUUGGGGAUGUAAUGGUCAUUGCCAACUUGGCUUUGACUCUAGUAGCAACACCACUAGUAGCAGCAGUAGCGCCGCGCCAAAGUCACGUAUCAAGUUAAAGACAACAAGGAAGAAACAAGAGAAUCAAUACAUUCCUCGCAUACUCCAACUACCCAACGAUGUUACCAUCGUAUCAAUAGCAUGUGGCCUGCGGCACAGUGCUGCCAUUUCAAGUAAUGGAGAACUCUUUGUCUGGGGCUGCAAUAAGUUUGGUCAACUUGGCUUGACUGAUCGAUCGAAUGAGGUUGUCUCAACACCAACACGACUCGACGGCUGCAUUGUUGAACAACAACAUAGGUGCGCACUCGUGGCGUGCGGAUCUAAACAUACAAUGGUGAUGACAACGGAUGCAUGUCUGAUGUCAUUUGGAAACAACAAGUUUGGACAACUGGCAUUGGGCGACACUGAGGACAGACCAACGCCAUGCAUAGUGGACAUACAAUCGAUAGUGGCACAGUCAUCAGCUGCCUCAUUGGAGAUCAAAUGUGGAUGGAGCAACUCAUGUCUCUUUGACAAGGCCAAUGGCGCACUGUACAUUGUUGGACGAGGCGACUAUGGCACACUGGGCAAUGGCACCUUCCAAUCAACGCCCCGCACAUUGUUCUCGCGUCUAUCGUCGGCGCCAUUUGACAGCGUGGGCAUCGCCAACUUCUCAAUGGGCUCCGAGCACAUCCUCUGCUUGACAAAGGACAACAAACUUUAUUCGUUUGGCUGGAACGAACACUUCCAAUUGGGUCGUGGCGAGCAUGUCUAUGUCGGAUGUCCAGAUGGCGACAAUCAAUGUAGUCCACAACCGAUUGAAUCGAUAAGCAAUGUACUUUUAUCCAUGGCUGACCAAUCAUCAAAGGUCAGCGAGGCUACAACAAAUAAUGUUGUUGAUGAUGGUGACCGGUCAUCAUCAUCGCCAUCAGUACAUUGUGGAUGUGGUCACUCAAUGCUAGCACUCGUACAUUCAUAA